AUGUGGAGAAAGAAAUUCAGUAAAGCUUAUCCGUUCCAUCAUGAGCACCCGAAUCACUUCCCUCCCUUUCCGCGGCACGCUGAUGACGGCUUCGCAAACGGUUUGCACGAGGCCGCCGUCGACGGAGAAUCCCCCAUUGCUUUCAUGGGCUCAGAGUUUCACCCCGAAGCUCACAGACAAAAAUUCUCGUCAUCGACUUUUGAUAUCGUCUUGACAACGCCUACGCCAACCGAGCGGCCGCAGAGAAAGACGCUUCUUGCCUCCUUCCCGCUGCCGGACGUACCGCCUCCUGUCUCUGACUAUUUCCAGCAAAGGAGCAGGAGAUCGGACCCAGAUACACCGCCGAUACCGGUCAGAAGGAGACCCAGUCUCAUCUUACAGCCGAUAUCGAUACCACCGCCUCAAGCACCGCUCCCCCCGUUGCCUCCAAGUGCUCGUCGCCUGCCGACCCCCAAAUACGCACCAAUGCGACUACGAGAUCAGGACCAGGACUGCAGCUUCCCUCCAACGCCCUCAUCUCAAGCGCCUGAAAAGAUGACAAGUCUCCUCAGUGAGGUUCUGUCCAUCAUGAACACCAUCAUGGAGCAGCAGCACACGGUCCAGCAGGAAGACAGGAUCGUGGCCGAGCUGACCGAGCUCGUCGUCAUCAUGCAGGAAGAGGCAGAGGCCCUCCUCAACCUCGCGGACCUGGUGGAGGAGUUUGUGGAGGAGGUGGACGUGGCCAGCGAGGUCGCCGACAUCGAGAGCUGGGUGGAAGAGCUCCACCUCGACUGCGUCGGCGGCAGCAUGAUGAUGUAUGAGGAUGAGAGCAUGCCCGGCCUUCAAUCAGCCAAGCCAAAGCCGCUGCACGGGAGGGACGGCUCGGUCGACUCUGCCGUGAGCCUGAGCAUAGCCGGCGACGAGCUGGGUGCCGGCGAUGGGCCGUACUCGGGCGAGCUGAGAGAGAGCCUGCAUCGGGAUGACGUGGUGCAUCUGGCGCAGGUGAAGAUGGCGGAGCGGGAACAGUGCAACCUGAUGGACAUUGGCCGGCGGGCCGUUCAGAAGAGCGAGGAAGAAGAAAGCAAGGCGAAGAAGAAGGACGUCGGCCAUCGCAAGGCAGCCUCGCUGGGAGGAGCCGCAAAUUCGAAAAAGCCAAAGCCGACGAAGAAAGAUGAGACGUUCAGGGACUCGGGCUUGGGUGGUAUGAGCCCGAUUAGUAGUGUCUGUGCGAAUUCGAAAAUGAGCCCGAAAUCGAAGUCGAGGUCGAAGAGGGGAACGGGACCCCCACGUGUGAGGCCCCCGCGCUGGCUGUGA